AAAUCGGUUCAGAAAUCAGAAGCUGCCAGAAUUGGAAAGGAUCGGGCGAAACCUUAGAAAAGCUGUACGAAGAUUAGCAAGGUAAUUAGCAAAUCGGACCAAGAAUUCGAGAGCUUGCUUGGCUGAUUCCGAUUUGCUCAACCCAAUUCCAAAAAUGGUGAGAUCACCUCUUCAGGCCCUGCCUGGGUUUGUGUUCGUGGAUUUCGAGUUCUGCGUGCUCAGCCGAUUUCACAAAACCUCGAAAAAUUUCGGUUGAUCAAAAGUGGUGCGAGAGAUGGAUUGCUAUUUGUUUUCGAGGGUAGAAUGAGAGCAGAUAGGAUAAUCCAGAAGACAAAGGAGGUGCUGAUGACCCAAGCUUGCUCAUUAGCAUCCGCAGCGGCUCAUAUCUACUUCCCCUCCUCCCGUUCCGUUAUCCUUCCCCCAAUCUCCGAUUACCGCUCCUUCGUCACCAUGAGCGAAGUCGUUAGUCUCAAUGACAUUGCUAAGCAGAAGAAAACCCUUCGAUCAAUAGUGCGGAAGGAGCUCAAGGCCUUGAGUCCUACUCAGAGAUCCCAAGAAGAUAUUGCAAUUCAGAAUAUUGUUUUGGAAGCUUCAUGGUUCAAGUCUAGCAAGAGCAUAUGUGCUUAUAUAAGUUGUGAUUCCUUACGGGAAGUCAACACAUCAAAAAUUUUGUCGGCAAUUUUGUACAAUACAGCUGAAGUUUUCAAUCAAGAGGGUCACAAGCAGAUGAGGAAAAGGCUUUAUGUUCCACGGGUGGAGGACAGGAAUAGCUACAUGCGAAUGCUCAACAUCUCAAGUACUAGUGAUCUAAUCCCAAACUUGAUGAACAUUUUGGAACCAACCCCACUAGACAGUGAUGGAAAUCAACGUGAAGAUGUUAUGCAGGCUACUGACCCAGUGGAUUUGUUCCUUGUACCAGGGGUUGCCUUUGACAGAUCUGGAAGACGCUUGGGCCGUGGCGGGGGUUACUAUGAUAUGCUUCUGAAGAAAUACCAGGAUGUUGCUGCAGAGCAGAAAUGGAAGCAACCAUUACUUGUUGCACUAUCAUAUUCUUUGCAGAUAAUGGAAGAGGGUGUCAUCCCGGUCACUCCCAAUGAUGUUCCUGUGGAUGCACUUGUUUCCCCGGCUGGUGUGAUUCCAAUUAGUCCAGCAGCAUUUGAGAGGAUGUGACUGAAUGGCUAAUGGUGUACCCUGCCAUCUCUUUUAUAUUACUUAUUUCCUUGUAAGAUCUUAUGAACCUAGAUUACUACUUAAGAAGCCUGCAAAAGCAUGUCAAGAUCUCAUGCAUAUUUGUGGGUCCCUACAUGAAAACCCCCAUGAUCAGCCCAUUGAAGGACACAAAUUCAUGUGACAGAUGGGUACAAAAAUGGGUUUUUCUCUAAAUUGAAUUCUUAUAAACCCUGAUUGUUGUACAAAAUGGUAAUCCACUUCAAUAAUUUAUGUGCUUGUAUGAAUAUGCAAAACAUGAAUGACAACUUGUGGUCUUGAUGGGCAAUGUUAUGAUUUAUGAAUGACUUGGUUUAAGAUGAAGUAGUUGCUAAUUAUCAAUAAUACUUUCAAUUGUGAAA